AUGUCAGGGCCAAUAGAUACCUGCAGCGGGAAGGACUGGAAUCAGAGGACUGGAAUGAAGCAAGAGGUACAGGCUCUGGUUUCCUCACAUGACUGGCUGAGGGAACAUGGGCUAAAACAAAGCAAGCUAAGCUUCACACAGAUCCUGAUGCAAAUCAGCUUCAGACACAAUGAAGAUUAUGUUCAUUCUCUGGGAAAAUUGGUGUCCUCCCAGUAUGCAGAGGGCUUGUUCCCACAAUUCAUGAAAGAUGGUGUUGUCUAUAAUCUGACAGCCUCACCAUCUCACUUGGAGGAGCUGUGUGUGAGGUUGGAGCAUGAAGCAGAGCUCUUGCGUCAUAGACUGGACUGGUUGACUUCAGGCAGUAGGCAGCUCUUUGGGGUUGUCCUGGAGAGGGUGGUAACACUGGUGCUGGAUUUUGGAGAAAGACCCUCCAGGGCCCAGUUUCAGCUGUGCCUGCAUUCACUCGUCAAGCUCAUCCAGGAACAGUUCUCCCAGAUAGACCAGUUUAAUAUGAUCCGCUCAGGACGUUGUGUGGAGAUGUGGCGAGACAGGGCUGCGGUUGUCACGGACGAUAACCUCAGGUCGGCUGUGGAUUGGCUGCUGCCGUUACAACAGGAGGCAUCUUCCCAAACCACCACCGCCAGCGCAGUGCUCAGAGCGAUGGAGGACGCCAGGGUCGAAGCAGUGUACCUUUUUGCUGCAGGGGAUUUCAGAGAUAACAUAGCUGAUCUUUUCAGGAGCAGACUGGUUGGAAACGUGUGUCCCGUCCACACUUUGUCAUUCAAUGCUAGAAGGGAGACCACUAUCACUGCCUUAAAAGCCCUCUCUGAACUGACUGCUGGGAGUUCUGAGGAGUGGUUGCAAAGAUUUGGACUGAAGGCUCAGAAACUGACUCUCCAUGACGCUCUUGCCGAAUGUGCCUUCCGCCAUUCUGAUGGCGUCGUGAACAUCAAGCACACGCCCAAGGAUGAGCGAAUACAAACGGACGCUUUGAACCAGAGGAAACUGGUGAAUGCAAAGUACUGCAGGGAGUUUGUGCACAUGCAGUGGAAGGAUGGAUCAGUUGUUCACGUUAACAUCAGUGCUGAGAAAUGCAGACGGUACGAGGAGAGGAUGAGAACAGCUCUAACAGCCAUACAGAGAAGAAUUGAUUGGUGGAUGAGUGGGAGUAGAGAAGUUUUUGGCGCAGUUCUGGAGGACCAUGUGUACCUUGUCAUUGAUACAUCAGAGUCCAUGAGGGAAGUGCUUCCUUUGGUAAAGGACAAAGUUAUUCAAUUUAUACAGGAACAGCUUUUACAAAAAACGAAGGUAAACAUUGUGAGCUUUGGAUCACGUGUGUCUCUGUGGAGGGACAGACUGACUGAGGUCACCACUCAGACCAUGGACAGUGCCUGUCGCUGGGUCAAAGAACUGCAGUCUGGAGGUUCAGCCAACACACUUGGAGCUCUGAGCCAGGCUCUAGCAGAUGAGGACACACAGGCAGUUUAUCUUCUCACAAAUGGAAGGCCAAACCAGCCAUCAAAUGUCAUCGAGGAACAGCUGAAACCGUUGUCUCCUGUUCCAGUUCAUACCAUCUCCAUUAACUGUGAUGACCAGGAGGUUAACUGUUUCCUGUCUGAGCUCUCACGGUUCACCGGGGGCCACUUUCACAGCUACCACACCACCCCUCAAGAGCCUUCUGAUAUUCCAGAUCCUUCUCUAACCAAACCCUCUGAGAGUGAAGACCUGCGACUUCUGAGGCUGGAGCUGGAACAGGGACAGAAAGCUCUGCGUUGUUUUCUAAGACUCCAUGCAGAGUGUGUCAUGUUGGGUUCCUCCCACUGUGACGACUCUGGGCCCAGGCCUCACAGUGCCCCUCCAAUGCAGGAAAGUCCGACGUACGCCUAUGAAGUUCCAAGAGUCCGCUCAGCUACGGGCAGGGGUCCUGAUUUGCAAGGCAGAGGAGAGAUUGUCCAGCCCAGGACAAGGAGAUGUGCAGCUCACACCAGGGCAAGUUUACUCAGAUUACUGUCCAGCAGUGAGACAAGCAGAGCCAAAGCUCUGGUUGCCGAUGGCAACACCUCUCUGCAGGGCUGGAUGCUUCCAGAGACUCAAGAGCUCUCUCAGACUAACACUGAAAAGCAGAGACAUGUCCUUCACAAUCAGUCCACAGUUCAGUGGCUGAAAACCAACAGUCUGGUUGCUAGGAAACUGACCAUACAGGAUGCCCUGGCCCCAACAGCUAUACCUCAGAGGGGUAAAUAUGUACCACUGCUGGAAAAAUAUGUCUACUCCAAAGUGUUUGACGAGAUUCUACCUCUAGCUCAUUUAAAGAGCAGUUGUAGUGAUUCUCCCGAGUUUACUCUGAUUAACCCUCUGGCUGUAAAUCUGGAUCAGUACAAAUCCAGGCUGCAGCGAGCCAUUCAGAUGUAUGAAAGACGCCUGAACCUCACUGUUUGGAAAGCAUUGAGUCAGGAGGAGAGAGACAAGUUGGGAGAGGGAGAACCAGUGAUGGUUUUGGAACGUCGGCAGCACGUCCUGGAGGCGCUGGGGAGGUUGGGCUGGCCUGUGACCCAAGAAGAGAUCACUCUCCUGGAAGAUCAGAUCCACAUUGCCCAGUCCUAUAUCCAGCAGGCCACAGACCUGCAGAAAGCUGCUCAAGAGCUUGGCAAGGCCAGCCAUAGAAAUUCUGCCAGCAGACAGGAGAACAGAUCUCAUCAGACACAAAAGAAAACCAAUAGAAAACCUCUGGAUUCUCUCAGAGGUCAAAGAGUCGUUGCAAGAUCAGAGACCAAUGGGUAUUACUAUCCAGGCACAGUGAGGAGGCGACUGAGUAGGAAGAGGCUGCUGGUUGACUUUAGUAGAGGAGGCUCUGAAGUCACUCCUCUGGGUUCAGUCAUCACUGUGGGGGGGGGCUGUCCCUGCCCUCCGCUGGCGGUAGGGGAUUUUGUGCUCGUUGGCUCAGGGAAGGAUGGAACAGGUGAACGCUUUGUCCCAGGAGUUGUCAUAGCAACUCCUCGUCACCUUGAGGUUGAGGAUAAAUUGUUCAGUGUACUCAGAUUCGACAAAAAGGAGGCAAGCAGUCUGACUCUCGAGUCCUGA